AUGGCUGAAACGGAGGCGACAAUGGCGGAAACGGCGGAGGCGACCGAGCCGACAACGGGCCCGGACGACAAGGAACUGGAGGCCAUCAUAAAACUCACUUGGGGCGACCAGCCGCGCCAAGACAUAUUCCAACGGUGGACCCAAGGCUUUUGUUUCAGUGCCGACGAACCGACGGCGCUGGUGCAAUUCGAAGGCGGACCGUGCGCCGUACUAGCACCGAUGCAGGCGUACAUCGUCAAGUAUAUCGUCAACAACAAGUCUGUCAACGACGAUUGGAAAAAAGCUGAAGUCGAAGAACAAAACCGUCUUCUGUGUAAGGCCGCCUGUGAAAUCCUCUGCCAAGCAACACAAGGCUGUGAUAUUUUUAAAUUUGUAUAUAUUGACGAUAAAGAGGGGUGCCUUGAACACAGUCAGUUUCACUCUAUGCUUAAAGUAGAACAAGUGAACAAGGAUGGUAUUGAGACUUUUUUUAACGACCGUAUUAGUUUUUUGCGUGACACAUUUGGAGUUUUACUAUUUUUGUAUACAGUCAUGCUCUCCAAGGGUUUAGUCAAAUUAAAAGAAGAAAUAUGUGAUUUAGACGUGAUUUUGAUUGACAAAGAAUUUGGCUAUGGUAGCCAAAGCUUAAUCAAUAUGAUGAUUACAGGACAAGCAGUUGCUAAUGUAUUUAAUAACGAUCAAGUAAUAGCUGGGUUUAAAUUGCCAGGUAUUGAAAAGCAAAGUGAAGUUGGAUUUAUGACCUUAUUAGAACAUUUGAGGUACUGUAGUGUUGGAACCUAUUUAAAAAAUCCAUGUAACCCAAUCUGGGUGUUGGGCAGCGAUACACAUCUUACCGUGCUGUUUUCGUUUGAUCAAAACUUGGUGGGAAAAGAAACACAAGCUGACAUUGCCAGACGGAUGUUUAAGUUGUUCGAUCAAGAUGGAAAUAAUUUCAUUAGUACUCAACAUCUAAAGCCAUUGUUGGAAAAAUUAGACCUUGUAUCUGACGACGAAUAUGUAAACCUGAUGUCCACAAAAUUGGAUUCCGAAGGGCUUGGUAUCAUAUUAAUGCCAUCGUUUAUGGAAGAAUUUUUUUCCGAACAAGAAGCCAGAACUCCAGAUGUUUUUGUAUUAUUCCAUUACAACGGACAACCGAGAUCCAACUCUAAUUCAAAGGUGACAUAUUUAGAAGGUAAUGCUAUAAUCCAGGAAUCUGACGUUAUAUGCAUAUCAGAGGACAACAACCUACAAUCUUGUUUACAAUCUAAGUGGUCAUCCAUUGAAAUACAAUGGAAAGGAAAUGUAACACCUUCGAUUAAUUAA